CCGUAAACAUCCCCAACGUCACUUCCGCUUACAUAGAAAAACAUAGCAAACGCUGUAUUUAUUUCGUAUUAAGCGCUAUUUCCAUUAUAUAGUCUUGUGCGUCUCCAUCAAUAUUGAAGUGCAGAGACGCCCUUUCUAAAACUGUAUUAAUAGCCUCAGUUAUGAAGGGCCCGAGUGCAGAGACUGAGGUGAUCGAGGAAGCACCUGCUGACCCUAAUAAUGAAGAACUUCCACCUUACCUGCGUGAAGAACCACCUGAGGACUUGGAGAAAGACCACCCUAAAAAUGAAGCAGGCGUGGUGUGGAGAGUGACAGGCGGGCUGUUCAACUUCACCAAAGGAGCGGUUGGUGCCACCCUCGGGGGAGUGGCCUGGGUAGGCAGCAAGAGCUUCGAGCUGACCAAGACGGCUGUGACGAGCGUUCCUGCAGCUGGAGUGGGAUUGGUCAAAGGCGGUGUCUCCGUGGUAACGGGAGGGGUCGGGGCAGUGGGAUCUGCAGUGGCCGGUAAAGUUACACCAAAGAAAAAAGACAAGUCAGAUUAGACUGGCUGACUCGCUCCCACCCUUUGUUCGAUUCGGUGUGUCUGUGGAUGUCUGGGUGGUGUGUUCUCACUUUCAAGGGGGUUGGAAAGCAGGUGGCAGGUUCAUUUAGCCCAUGGGAAAAUUACUGUUUUGCAUUGAUUCACCAAAUACAAUCCUACCUAAGUUAAUGUAAAGAACUGCAAUACGGUAUAUAAACACACUUCUACCAACAUUAGAAAGCUACUGCGGAGGUACAUGAGAUAAUUGGGAUCUUAUGCCUUUUGUUUGCUUAUAUGUUUGUGUGUAUUUUGACUAUUGGCUGAAAUUUUGGUCUGUAUUAUUAAUGCUGGGAAGACUAGCUUUGGGAUCAAAUGGUAAUAUAACAUUCUUUAACAGCUUAAUGAAACUGGCUCCAUUGCAAAGGAAAUGCUAAUAUGGCAGCAGUUUUACUUUUGGUAAUAUCAGUCCUUGUGUACACAUAAUUAGCCCUAAUGAGGUAUUUCUCUAUAAAACAUCCCUAAAAAAGUUCAAGUACACUUCACAGAAUUAUUCCUUGAGUAUGUGGAUCUUGUUUCAAGCCCAUCUUUGAACAAAAUAAUGUGAGAACUUUGAAAGUAUUAUUUAAUGAAUUGAAUAAAUGUGACACUAAAUGACCCUGAUCAUCUGAUAAUGUGGGGUUUAGACUACAUACUCUCAAACGUUCUUCGGUUUAGUGUCGGAAAUCGUGUAGUUUCUUUGCCGAUUUCACAGUAAUAUAAACAUCUGCUGUUUUCACAGUGAGCUGUUUUAUUAUCAUCACAUUCUCAUUUACGUCAGCCCUGGUAAGUGUAGAAAUCUCUGAACGGCAGUUCGCACAUCAUUGGCGUAGAUUACAUUAAUGGUGAGUCUCCAGUGUAAACACUCCAUUUUGUAAGACAAUGUUUAAGCCGUUGAAAUUUAAUCUGUCUCCAGGAAACCAGAGCCUGGAGUUAAGAAAAGAAAUGAUUCGCAUCUAAAAUGAGGAUGCAGGGAAACAGAAACUACACCACAUUGUCUUCACUCCAUUUAGAAAGGCUUUUUAGCAAGUCCGCUUCGUUUUCUCUUUGCGAAGCGUCACUUGUAGUUCUCACUUGAGAUGAUGUUUUAUUGGCCGUACAUGUGCCUGAAUGUCUUGGGAGUUAUAAAAGCUCACUGUGGAGUGUUUAGUGUUUCAGAACAGUGCAAAAUAACCACAGAUGUAUUUCCUGCGACCCUUUUACAGCUGUUUACAUCAUAGAACCAGCACAAUUGAAAAUGUGCAAAUUGAGUAUUUGUUCAUACGUUUUUGUCUUUUUUUCCCCUCUACUGCUUAAAUGUUUGUCUUUUUUUUAUUUAUGUAAAAACAACAUAUGGCAUAUUAUUAUAUUGUUGCGAUGCAUGCUUGAAGCUCUAGUUCUCUGUACAACAUGCUAUUAAUUGUGAGUAUGUAUUUCAGUUGUUUUUUUUCUCAUGUUUCUUUCUGUUUUUGCUAUGUACACACUUUCUGUUAGGUACCCAUGUCUUGAAGAUGCUGUUACUAUAAACUGGACUUUUAAGACCAAGUAGAUUUUGUCUAUAAUAGAACUAUUUUUGCUAAAUUGAUGCUGUAUUCUACAAAUAAAGCAUUCUGUAUUUUAGAAA